CUCUAUUCAAAAAUUUCUAAUAAUAAAAAACUAAGACGCCAUUUUCAUCUCUCCAACAAGCUCAAGUAAUCUCUCACAAUGUUCUUUUUGAUCUCUUUUUGUUUGGGUUGUUUCUUGUUACUUCUUCUUAUGAUGAAAAAAGAAGAUACAAUCCCCAAAACAAGCCAAGCGUGUGCAGUUUGCAAGUACCAGAGAAGAAAAUGCACUAAAGAAUGUGCAUUAGCCCCUUAUUUCCCCGCCGAUCAGCAAAGAACCUUUCGAAACGCUCGGAGAUUAUUCGGAGUUCAUAACAUUUUGAAGAUAUUAAAGCAAGUGAAAGAUGAUGAGAAAGAUGAGACAAUGAGAUCUAUAAUUUAUGAGUCUAACAUGAGAGCAAGAUUUCCUGUUCAUGGGUGUCUGGGUAUUAUUUUACAUCUCCAAUAUCAAGCAGAACAAGUCAAACAGCAAAUUUUGCAUGCCAAGAGGCAGAUUGAAAUUUGCAAGAAGCAUCAAUGUGAUGGAUUUGUCAAUAGUGAUGGAAUCGGAACCAGAACUGGAAUCGGGACCGCUAAGGGGAAGAAAAGUGAUGAUAUUGUAGAACCCAGAAGGGUUAAUAGUAAUAUUAUUUUCAAUAAUACUAGUAUGGAGAUGGAAACAAACCCUAAUUUUUUUGAUUCUAUCCAACAAGAGAUGGAAUUUUCUCUUCAUUACAAUCAAUCACAUACCAUUGAUAUUAAAGAAGCAUGUCCAUCGAGUGCAGAAUCAAGAAUGAAAAACAUUAGUUGA